AUGAUGGAAUUUAUUGCUGGGAAAUGUGUCGAUGUAACGGAACAAUUUAUUCCAGUCAAGAAGGAGGUGGAUGAAAAAAACCCUCUUCCUGACCAUCCUCUUGACCAUCUUCCUGAUCAUCCUCCUGACCAUCCUCCAGACCAUUCUCCUGGCCACCCUCCAGACCAUCUUCCUGGUUAUCCUCUUAAGCAUCCACCAGGCCAUCCUCCUGAUCAUCCUAUUGACCAUCCUCCUGGUUAUCCUCCUGAGAAUCUUCCUGGCCAUACUCCUGACCAUCUCCAUGACUAUCCUUCUGACCAUUUUCCGGACUAUCUUCCUGAUCAUCUUCAUGACUAUCCUCCUAAACAUCCUCCUAAACAUCCUCCUAACCAUCAUCAUGACUAUCCUGACCAUUUUCCUGACCAACCUGACCAUUCUCCUGGCCAUCCUCCAGACCAUCCUCCUGACCAUCCUCCUGACCAUCCACCUGGCCAUCCUCCUGACCAUCCUCCUGACCAUCCAACUGGCCAUCCUCCUGACAAUCCACCUGGUCAUCCUCCUGACCACCGUUAUGGCUAUCCACCUGACCAUCCUCAAGAUCAUCUUCAUGAAUAUUCUCAUGACUAUACUCCUGACCAUCCUCUGGACCAUCCUCCUGGCCCUUCUCCUGACCAUCCUCUUGACCCUUCUACUGACCAUCCUCCUGACGCUUCUCCUGACCAUCCUCCUGACCCUUCUCCUGACCCUCCUCCUGACCAUCCUCUUGACCAUCCUCCUAACUAUCCUCCUGACCAAUCUCGUGACCAUCCUCCUGAUCAUCUUCACUAUCCUUCUGACCAUCCUCCUGACCAUCUUCCUGACCAUUCUCCUGAACAUUCUCCUUACCAUCCUCCUGACCAUCAUGCUGACCUUUCUCCUGCCCAUCCUCCUGGUCAUCCUCCUGAACAUUCUCCUGACCAUCCUCUGGACCAUCGUCCUGACCAUCCUCCUAACCGUCCUCCUGACCAUCCUCCUAGCCAUCUUCCUGAUCAUCCUCCUGACCAUUCUCCUGACCAUCCUCUGGACCAUCCUCCUAACCAUCUUCUUGACAAUCCUCCCGACCAUCCUCCUGACCAUCCUCCUGACUAUCCUCCCGAAAAUCCUACUGACUAUCCUCUUAAUCAUACUCCUGACCAUCCUUCUGACCAUGCUCCUGACCAUCCUCCUGACCAUCCUCCUGACCAUACUCCUGAUCACACUCCUGACCAUCCUCUGGACCAUCCUCAUGGUCAUACUCCUGAAUAUCCUCAUGACCAUCCUCCUGACCAUACUUCCGUAUAUCCUCCUGACUAUCCUCCUAAUCAUACUACUGACCAUCGUCCUGACCAUCCUUCUGACCAUGCUCCUGACCAUUCUACUGACUAUCCUCCUGACAAUUCUCUUGGCCAUCCUCUGGACCAUCCACCUGACUAUCCUCCUGAACAUCUUCCCGAACAUCCUCCUGACCAUCCACCUGACCAACCUCCCGAACAUUCUCCUGACCAUCCUCCUGUCCAUCCUCCUGAAUAUCUUCCUGACCAUCCUCUUCCCCCAUUCUCCUGA